CACUCGGUUGGUUAAGAGCACGCGGCUCAUUAUCACGACGCUGCAACACAACAAGCCGCACUAACUGUUUUUAUGGCCGUUUUAUAUGAGCGAAGAUAUCAGGAAGUCAACGUCUGAACAAUGAACAAACGAAACUCAGUUUCAAAUGGUUCGGGAGCCUCACUAACAUCUCCAUCCGCCGCCCGUCGGAGAAGGACGCCAACAUUAAGGCGGUCCCGCAGCACGAUGGCAGCCUCGACGGUGCCAAAUCGGCCGCGGAGGAACAAGUGGUGGAUGACAUGGCGGACUGUCUGCACAGCCCCAGCUACGCCCGCUCCACUGAGAUGUACACACACGUGGGCACGGUGCCGCGCAGCCAGAGGCAGAAGAGCAGCACGGGGCUGAAGAAGAAGAAGAAGAAGAAAGAGGAGGAGGAGGAGGAGAGUGGAGGGCAGAGCCAGUGGAAGGCGGGGGAGCAUGUCCGAGACUCCCCUCUGCUCAGCGCCAUGUCCAGCCUCAGUUUGACCAGCCUGGAGCAGCAUGUCCUCGCCCGGCCGCUGCCCGCCACCCCGACACCCAGCCGGGCGUCACCUUUGACCUCUCACUCCAGAGACCCUCCAGCGGACCCCAUUAAGAACCAGGGGUCCUCGUUAAGGAGCGGGGACGCUUUAGAAACCUCAAACAUGCCAACUAACAUCCCCAAAGCGGCCUCGGCGCAGGAUGUGUAUGUGCCGAUGGACCCGAUCACUGAAGCGGCUCCCAGCCACGUGGGCGACCAAACAGAGAGGCAGCGAUGUGUCACAAGGUCACAGGAAACCACAAAGACUGCGAGCGGCUGGCAGGAAGAGGGGCGUUUCGAAAGUCGGCAGGAGUUGACAGACAGCAGCGGAGAAUAUGUGAAGUUCUCCAAAGACAAGUUCUGGCUCGAACCGCCGACGGAGAAACUGAGGAAGCAGCUGGAGGAGGAGCUGAAGCUGAGCGGCAGCAACCUGAAGAGCCACGCCUGGUACCACGGACGAGUGCCCUGGGAGGUGUCCGAGAGCCUGGUGGUGAACCACGGAGACUUCCUCGUCAGAGACUCUCAGUCCAGUCAGGGCGACUUUGUCCUCACCAGCCACUGGGAGCACAAAACGCUUCACUUUGUCAUCAGGAGGACGGUGAUUCAGUCCGGGGAGACGUACACCCGAGUCCAGUUCAGCCUGGAGGACGAGGCCUUCGACUCGGUGCCGGCUCUCGUUCACUUCUACGUGGGCAGCAGGGCGGCUCUGAACCGGUGGAGCGGAGCUCAGAUUCACCGUCCCGUCAACAGGACUCUGCCUCUUAGCUACCUGGAGACGGCCUUCGGCACCGUCGCCGUCAGCCCCCCGUCCUGCCACAGGGGGCUGAAGACCAGCAGCACGAGCGGAGAGGAGAGAGUCUGUCCCAGAAGUCCCUCCUCUGUCCACCACGGGGAGGUAGACGUGAACACUGAGCAGGACGACCGCUUUCUGCCGACUGAAGAAUCCUCUCUGUCUACUCUGACCAGCAGCACUCCACAGUCCAGAAGCCCUGGCAGCAGCCGGGCAGCCAGCGUGUCUCCGUCCCCGUCCCUCUCCCGACACUCAGACACCACGCGACCCCUGCCCUCUCCCAGCGGCACCCUCCACAAACAGAGUAACGACACACCCCAGCCUCAUCCGAACCAGGACUCCCCGUCCUCUGAUGAAGGAGGAAGCUGUUACACAGAACUGUACCCCGGCCCUCAGAGCUACGUGGAGAGGCUGCGGGCCGAGGAAGGGUCAGCAGGUGUAGAUCCACAGAGGGCGGAGGACGGAAACGUGUACUUCUCGCCGGUGGUAGAGACGGUGUCUUCUUUCAAACCGAGCCGGUACGAGUCGGCGCUGAUGCCCAAGGAGAAUAAGCCUUUGGAGGUGGGCAUCCUGCGGAGGGUUAAGGAGCUGCUGGCCGAGGUCGACCCCCACACAGCGGCCAAGCACAUCACCAAGGCUGACUGCACGGUGGCCAGAAUCCUGGAGGUGACUCCAGAGGUGCAAAGGAUGAUGGGAGUCAGUUCUGGCAUGGAGCUGCUGACAUUACCACAUGGCCAACAGUUGAGACUGGACCUGCUGGAGAGGUGCCAGACCAUGGCCAUCAUGUUGGCUGUGGAUGUGUUGGGCUGCACGGGGACGACGGAGGAGAGGGCCGGCCUGCUGCACAAAAUCAUCCAAAUCGCAGCCGAGCUCAAGAGCAACAUGGGCAACAUGUUCGGCUUCGCUGCCGUCAUGAGAGCUUUGGAGCUGCCGCAGGUGUCCCGCCUGGAGCAGACCUGGACGGCGUUACGGCAGCGACACACAGAAGGCGCUAUCCUCUAUGAGAAAACUCUGAGGCCGUUUAUGAAGAGUCUGAACGACGGGAGAGAGAGCUGUCCGCUGUCCAGCACCACUUUCCCCCACGUCCUGCCCCUCCUGUCUCUGUUGGAGAAGAGCGUGGCGGUUGGUGAUGGAACAGAGCCGUGGGAGACGGUGGAAGUCGGGGUGGACAUCGUCAUGUUCCACCUGGGGGCGGCGAGGACCAUCGCUCAGCUGGGGGGCAUCUACCACUCCAACGCUGAGAGCAAACUACAAGGUUUCCAGGAGCGGGCGGAGAUCUCGGAGAUCUUCCUCACAGACUUCCAGAUGAGACUCCUGUGGGGGAGCAGGGGAGCCGGGGAGAGUCAGGCUCUUCGAUACGCCAAGUUUGACCAGGUUCUGACCGCCCUGUCCAACAGGCUGGAGCCGCCCGCCAGACCGCUCUGACCCCAGACCUGUUUUUAAUAACUUCGCUUAUCUGGGACGAGCUCCCUGUCAUGUUCUCAGUCUUGCAUGGGACAGUCUGUUGGACAUUGAGCUGCUCCUGAAGCCUGAUGUCUCACUCAAGAGAAACUGGAACGUCAUUACAUUAUCAAAGGGAGAGCGAGUCGAUGUUUCCACUGCAGCCGCAAACACACUUCAUACAGUCAGCUUAUAGACUCUAGAGCACUGGUGGCCAAACUUUUUUGGUUGCGGACCAUAUACAAUAAAAAUAUAAGGAGUCAUAAGCUAAAUAAGAGUAAAUACAUUGUUUUCAACCAGCUAUGAAGCAAGAAAAUCUAUGUUUAUAGACCAGAAAAACCAACUUGCCAUAGAAAAUUCCUUAUGCCUCUGCGCAGGUGUUAGCUGAGGCUGGAGGCCUCAGCAAGGGCCCAGGCUAGACUUGAAUCUGGGCUGCUGCAGUAAGGACUCAGCCUUAAUGAUACACACUCCACUACCAGUGUGUCUCUGCAUCUUUUAUUUAAUAUAAGGACUUCACAAUUAACCAAAAUGUGAAUGGGAGAUAUGAGUGUAAAUAUGCGGUACUGUGCCGGGUUCUCUUGUGGUGGGGUGCUUUUUUUCUUGCAAAAAAAUGAGCAAGUGUUUUUUGUUUUCAUGAAAAGUGAUAACGUGGCAAUUUUGUGAUUCAACUUUGACAAAAGACAAACAUCUCUUACAGUAUUGCUACUCUUUUUAAUGCUCAGAGCAGCACAGUGCACACAAUCAAAGGUCGCUUUGAAAUGUGCACUGUAACAACUGCAAAUGUAAUGAAUCAUAAACGUAAUACAAAUCUGCAGCUUUUAAUAAAUUUCCCAAAACGCAAUGGCAGUCUUUUCUGGACGUAUUAUAGAUGUCCUUUCUGUAUGUCAUAUAGAUGUCUCUUCUGUGCAUCACAUGGAUGUCUUUUCUAGACAUUUGUAGUAGGCAACUGCUAUUACGUUUGUGGGAAAUUUAUAACGUUUGUGGGAUCAUGCCAUUAAAAGCUGCAGAUAUUUAUCACGCUUGUGGUUUAUUACGUUUGUGGGCGUUACAUGCACACCUGAGAGAAGCUCCUUUACACUUAGAGGGGUUAGGGUUAGGGUUAGGGUUUCUCGGCUUUUCUCAGUGGCAACUGUUUACUUUCUGUUUAGUCAGUUAUUUCCAAGCAAACACACAUUCCCAGAGUUCUGUUUUCAUCACAUGUACAACACUAUAGGGAGCAAACAGGCAACAGUUUAGUCAGGUAAGGCUCCAUGGUACAAAUUCAGAGAGAUAAAAGAAAUUAAACGUGAUUUUAUUUGUUUAUUUGACAGGAACAGUACAUAGUCUCUUAGGGACCGUUUGUUAUUUAUGAGACGGUAGGGGAGGUAUGGUCGUAUCUUUUAUUAAAAAAAUAAAAUAAUAAUAAUAAUAAUAAUAAUAAUAAUAAUAAUAAUAAAGUCAAAUCACAGCCACCCUCCUACUCUAAAACAUAAAGUACAGUCCCUAAAUACAUUGGUAGUCAACAUCCAUGUCAAAAUGAGUUGGCAUAAUUUAUAUUAUUUAUUGAAUCCAACUUAUUUUAUCCAGAUAUUCAAUAAAUAUGACCUGAUUUUACCCAGAAAUUCAGUGAAAUAAAACUGCAAUAUAAAGUCACACGAUAACAAGACAGAUCAUAUUCAUCAUACAGAUUUCACAAAUAUUUACAUAAAUAAUUUCAAAUGAUUAUAACAUUAAAACACACAAUUAAAGGAGCAGUAUAUGUACAAAUAUAUAUAUAUGUACAGUAAACAUGAUAAUACAUGCGAUAUGUGUAAUUUCCCUCUCAGUGCGAUGAGGCCGUGCCUCGGUCUGUUAGACUGAAUGUUUUUUUUUGUCUGCAUGAAGGCUGGACCUUCACUAAAUCCACAUCUGUACCAAAUGUAUGCCAUAUUGUACAACCCAAUAACAGAAUAACAUUACAUUUACGUUUCCAUUUUUAUAUGUUCAUUAUUAUGUGUUAAUUGUUAGGAUUUUCUAAUUUGGAGUGAAUAUUUAAUGUCAUCUUGGUUGAGAUUACUGGUGCUGUAAUCAUUGUGGGGGUCAGUUCAGAACUUAUUUUGAAAAACUUUUUUUUGUUUGUUUUUCACAAUUAAAGCUCUUUAUCUCUUAUUAUCACUGUGAAUUGGAAGUGAACUGAUCCUGAACACACAUGUGCAGCACACAGGUACAGAGGAUUUCUAUUACUUUACAUAGAAUUAAUAUGUAAUAUUUAUCUGAAAUGUGAAAUGUAAAUAAACAUGUUUACCUCA